UGUUGUUCCUGAAGGGCAGGAGAAGUUCAAGAAGAGUGGACAUGUUGCUUUUUACAGGCGACAGACUCAGGGUCCAAUCCUACAGUACAAGGCUCUUCUGGACACCAUGGUGCUCUCAGAGAAGGGGGCACGUUUUGAACUGCUUGAGCCCGACACGCAGACCAAACUGCUUCUUUCUGUGUCACCUUGCAAAAACGACACCGUAAAGAUACUCGUCGAUGAACUCCGUCCUCUGAAGGCACGCUACAGAGUUCCAGAUGUGAUGACGGGGGAGCCACAGUGUGAACAGUUGAGAGUGGUAAGACAGUCUCAGCACUCCAUCACUCUUUCCUGGUCUUCAGGAUGUCACCAGGUUUGCGUGUGGCAUUUCCCGUUCCGACUGGAGAUCCUGUGUGAAGAGGAAGUGGUGGUAACGUUCAACUCUAAAGGAAAACUGUGGUUCGAGACGUUGCAGGAUCCACCCAGGGUUACGCCUCCUGGUAGAGAGCUUGAAGAAGACGACACAAGUUUCUUAUGGAAGGAGACUUUCAGGCAGUUUGAGGACGUCAAAGCUAACUGUCCCUCUAGCAUUGGGUCGGACUUUUGUCUUCACGGGUUCAGUCAUGUGUUCGGUCUUCCAGAGCACGCUGACAGCCUCCAGCUCAAAGACACCAGAGAUGGUGAACCCUACCGGCUGUAUAACCUGGAUGUGUUUGCCUAUGAGCUGCACAGCCGCCUCGGCCUGUACGGCUCGGUGCCGCUGUUGGUGGCUCACAAACCAGAGAGGACUCUGGGUCUGUUUUGGCUGAAUGCAUCGGAAACAUUUGUGAAUGUUUAUUACCGCCCGUCUGAUCAUCAGAAUGACCAGACACCUCGAGUGAAGAGGAGGCGGACGCAGCCUCAGACCGACGUCCGCUGGCUGUCGGAGAGCGGUGUGAUCGACUGCACGGUUCUCCUCGGGCCCACUCCACAGCAGCUCUUCUCCCAGUACGCUCAGCUGACAGGAUAUCAAGCGCUCCCUCCUCUCUUUUCUCUCGGGUACCACCAGUGUCGCUGGAACUACGACGACGAAGCCGACGUGAAGGCUGUGGACGCGGGAUUUGACCACCACGACAUCCCGUACGACGUCAUUUGGCUGGACAUCGAGCACACGGAAGGGAAGCGGUAUUUCACCUGGGACUCUGCUCUUUUCCCUGAUCCAGCCGGCCUGCAGCGCCACCUAGAGAAGAAGAGGAGAAAGUUGGUUGUGAUAAGUGACCCCCACAUCAAGGUCGAUCCUGAUUGGUUGCUGUACUGCGAGGCCAGAGACGGAGGGCAUUUUGUGAAGAACAGAGAGGGGCAGAUCUAUCGGGGCUCGUGCUGGCCUGGGGAAUCCUCUUACCUUGACUUCAGCAGUCCAGACACUCGAGCGUGGUACUCCAGAUGUUUUGGCCUGGAGAAGUACAAGGGAUCGACUCCAUCAUUGUUUGUGUGGAAUGACAUGAACGAACCGUCUGUGUUCGACGGGCCGGAGAAGACGAUGCCGAAAGACGCAGUGCAUUAUGGGGGUUUGGCGCACAGAGAAGUACACAACCUGUACGGCUUCCACCAGCACAUGGCGACGUUCGAGGGUCUGAUCACUCGCUCAGGAGGCUCACAGAGACCGUUUGUCCUUUCACGCUCCUUCUUUGCCGGAUCACAGAGAUUUGGAGCCGUGUGGACAGGUGACAACGCCGCCAGCUGGGAUUACCUGAAGAUCUCCAUCCCGAUGCUCCUGUCUCUGAGCGUGGCAGGCAUCGCUUUUUGUGGAGCUGAUGUCGGUGGGUUCGUUCAGGAUCCGGAGCCCGAGUUGCUGAUCCGCUGGUACCAAGCAGCUGCCCUGCAGCCGUUUUUCAGAGGUCACUCUGCAAAGAUGACAAAGCGCCGGGAGCCCUGGCUGUUCGGCGAGGAAGUCACAGCUGCGAUCCGCUCUGUGAUCGAGGAGAGGUACUGUUUGCUGCCGUACUGGUACACUCUGUUCCACCAUUCUCACACCUGCGGUCUGCCUCCUCUCAGACCUCUGUGGGUUGAAUUUCCAAGAGAACAGAACACCUUCUCUGUGGACAACCAGUACAUGAUUGGGCGAGCUCUGCUGGCCUGUCCUGUCACUGAACCCAAAGUUAAAGAAAUCCAAGUGUUGCUUCCUGGAUCUGCUGAGGUCUGGUUCGAUAUCCACUCUGCAGAGGGGUUUAAAGGAGGCAGGACGCUGAGUCUUCCCGUCACCAUGGAUACAGUCCCUGUGUUCCAGCGUGGCGGCUCGGUGGUCUGCAGGUCUACAGGAAGUGGCUCCUGCACAGCUGACGUUCAGUGGAUGCCGCUCUCCAUCACUGUGGCCCUAAACUCUCAGGGUGCCGCUGAUGGUGAGUUGUACCUGGACGACGGCCACUCCUUCAGCUACCGGGACAGGAAGGCUUUCUGCCUGCGCAGGUUCAACAUGCUGUCCGGCCGGCUGCUCUGCCGUCCUGCCAGUGAAGAAGGAACAUAUGAGUGUGAAACUGUCGUUCAGUCGGUCUCCAUCCUGGGCCUGAAGAGCAAACCGUCCUCAGUGGUGGUUCAUGUGUCCGGAGCUGGAGACACCCGUGCUGCGUUUCAGUACACAGAGAGCUGCAGCACGCUGACAGUGAACGACCUGGACCUCCGAGUGACCACAGACUGGGACAUACAGAUAGGUUAACUGUGAAAGUGUCGACCACUGAUUGUCCAUCCUCUUGACUGUUUGAGUCAAGGAACGAAGAACGUCAUUUAAACCCUCAGAUAAAUAAAGUAAAUAAACAUUUAGAACAAAAUAAAGACUCGUUUAAGGGGUCUUUCAGAUAGGAUGCAGAAUGUCACUUAGCAACUUGCCCAUUGAUUUGCAGAUGAGUGCUCUGCCCCCCCCCCCGCUCUUCCCCGCGGUGAGCGAUGCAGCGCACACCACAUCCUAUCAGAAAGGCCCUUAAGACCCCGAAGUGGACACAGCACCAAAUAUUAAAUUUUUUACUUAUAUUGAACUUUUGAGCCCUUUGAUGAACACAUCGUCUCUCCGCUGACUCUGCUGAGUUUCCUGACUGAAUCUCAGUUUAUGUUUGAAUCAAGAAGUCUGAACAAAGAUUCAAAUCUAAAAAUGUGAUUUUAUUUAUAAUAUGUAGAUUAAAUAUGUUGAUUUUAAUCUGUGAAUAAAGGACAAACUCGUGCAGCUCCUUUUGACA